AUGUAUGCUAUCUUCAAAGAAAGUGGCGAGAUCGAUGAAAUUAUCAUUCCUCCGAAAAGAGACAAGAGGGGAAAUCGUUUCGGCUUUGUGCGGUUCUUCAAUGUUGCAGAUGAGAGACUGAUGGCCAUAAAACUUGAUAACAUUAUCAUAGGUUCAAGGAAAAUACAUGCAAAUCUACCAAUAUUUAACCGAGAACGAGAAUAUGGAAGAGGCUUGGUCAAAGGAAAAGAGCAGAAUGAGCAGGAGACCAAAGGGGUUGCAGCAGUAAACACAGAGCUACCUAGGAGGAAUAAUCAAAGAAUACACUGUGGGAUUACGAAAAAUUAUGCCCAGGUGGUGAACAACAAUUAUUCAAAAAGGUCGUGGGGAGUUAUGGAGCAGGCAAAAAAGAUUAUGUUUGCACAUUUAGAAUACAACCUAGAAGAUGCAGAUAUGGAGCGAUUUCAUAACGCAUACAUUGGGGUAGUGGAGAACCUGGGGGUUACUUAUAACAUGCAGGAAUAUUUUAAUAUGGAAGGUUUUUUCGGAGUGAAGGUUACGCCUAUGGGGGAAAUCUAUGUCUUCUUGAGGAAAGCAAUGAAGGAGAACUGGCAGCCUUGA